AAGACAGAGACAACUUCAUAAUUUUCGUAGUGUCCCAUAUUUCUUUGUCACUCUCUCUAUCUCUGUCUUUUAGUUUCUAAAACCAUUUCUUUGAGAGAUUUAUGGAAACUCAAGCUCUAACUAAUUCCAACUCUCUAUACAUUCACAGUUCCAAAAGUGAUGAAGAAAGACUUGCAGAAGAGAGGGAAAUAGAUGCAUGGCUUCCAAUAACAUCAAACAGGAACGCGAAAUGGUGGUAUUCGGCUUUUCACAAUGUUACUGCUAUGGUUGGUGCUGGUAUACUCAGUCUCCCUUAUGCCAUGGCACAGCUUGGCUGGGGGCCUGGAGUAGCGGUGUUGGUGAUAUCUUGGAUUAUAACGUUAUACACAUUAUGGCAAAUGGUGGAGAUGCAUGAGAUUGUUCCUGGCAAGCGUUUCGAUAGAUAUCAUGAACUUGGGCAGCAUGCUUUUGGGAAGAAACUUGGGCUAUGGAUCAUUGUGCCACAACAAUUAGUUGUUGAAGUUGGAACUGACAUAGUUUAUAUGGUGACUGGAGGGGAAUCACUCCAACAGUUUUACAAAUUAGUGUGUAGAAAAGAUUGCAAAGACAUAAAAAAGACUUACUUCAUUAUGAUCUUUGCAUCUGUUCAUUUUGUUAUCUCACAUCUUCCUGAUUUGAAUUCCAUAGCAGGAGUGUCUUUGGCUGCUGCUGUCAUGUCUAUAAGCUACUCUACAAUUGCUUGGGGAGCAACACUGAAAAAAGGGGAACAACCAGAUGUGGAAUAUGGGUACAAGUCAAAGAGCACAGCAGGAACAGUAUUCAACUUCUUUACUGCAUUAGGAGAUGUUGCAUUUGCAUAUGCUGGUCAUAAUGUUGUGUUGGAAAUUCAAGCAACAAUUCCAUCAACACCUGAAAAGCCUUCAAGAAAACCAAUGUGGAAAGGAGUUAUUGUUGCUUAUUUAAUUGUUGCUCUGUGUUAUUUCCCUGUUGCUAUUAUUGGCUAUUGGAGGUUUGGGAAUCAACUGGAUGGAAGUAUUUUAGAUGAAGAGUUCUUGAAUGAACCUACUUGGCUUAUUGCUAUGGCUAACAUCUUUGUUGUUGUUCAUGUUAUUGGGAGCUAUCAGAUAUAUGCAAUGCCAGUGUUUGACAUGAUAGAGACGGUGCUUGUUCGAAAAUUUAGGUUCAAGCCAACUAAGAUGUUGCGAUUUGUUACGAGGAACAUUUACGUCGCUUUCACAAUGUUUGUUGCUAUUACUUUCCCUUUCUUCAUUGGAUUGCUUGGAUUCUUUGGAGGAUUUGCUUUUGCUCCAACAACCUAUUUUCUGCCUUGCAUCAUGUGGCUAAUAAUUUGCAAACCAAAGAAAUUCAGUCUCUCUUGGAUUGUCAAUUGGAUUUGCAUUAUUCUUGGAGUACUAUUGAUGGUUAUAGCACCAAUUGGUGGGCUAAGAUCCAUAAUUAUUCAAGCCAAGGACUACAAAUUUUACUCUUAGUACAUCUAAAUAUAAAUAGUUAGAAAGUUACGGGAUCGGAGUGCGUCCGUGACAGUAGGUAGGAGUGUUUGUUCUUACUAGUAGUGGUGGUGGUAUACGAAGUUUCUAGUUGAUAUCUGUUGUUUCGAAUAGAUCGAUUGUAGUAUUAUUUUGUGUUAGUAUUAUUUUUUUACUA